AUGGAUGAAAUUCGCCGUCAGAUAGAGAGCUUAAUGGGCGAGAUUGAGUCCCCUAUUGAGAAAAAAAGUGUACAUGAUGAGAGUGUAUGUAAGUUAUACCUAUGUGGAUUAUGUCCUCACGAGCUUUUUGAAAAUACAAAACUUUAUAUGGGUGCUUGUCCAAAAAUUCAUUCAGAGAAACUCCGUGAGCGUUAUCUAGAGGAAAGAAAAAGUCCUAAUUUUAUCCCAACCAACUAUGAACAGGAAAGUUAUCUAAUUCUGCAAGGUAUGGUUGAUGAAUGUAACAAGAAGAUAACAAGGAAUAGAGUACGUGCUCAAUUAUCAGGUAGCUCAAAAUUGGAAGAUGAAAAUAUCAAGAGCGUUGAUAGAGAAAUUACACUAAUUAUGAAAGAAAUUGAAGAUCUUGGUGCAAGUGGAGAUAUUGAUGGAUCUCUUAAAAAGAUGGAAGAUUUAACUAGGUUGAAUCAACAAAAAUUAAAGAUUAUAGCCACUAGAGAAGAAGUAGCAAAUGGGAUGUAUCAGCAGAAACUACAUCCAUGCGAAGUUUGUGCUGCAUUCUUAUCUGAGACUGAUAAUGAUCAACGAUUAAAUGACCACUUCAGUGGUAAAAUACAUCUUGGUUAUCUAGCUAUUAGAAAACAAGCUAAGGAUUUGCGGGAGUGGAUAAAAUUGAAUGCAGCGACAAAUUACGAUGAUAAGACCGAAUAUAGAUUUAGAAGAGAGAAUAAGGCUUCACAUAGAUAUAAACAUUCUUACUACAAUAGAGGAAUACCAUUUAAAAACAAAAAAUAUAGAAAUGCAUUAAGAGAAUAUGAUCCCAUUAGAAGGAGUGAUAAAGAAAUUUCUCAGAUUAGACGUGGAAAUAUAGCUAAAAAAAAAUUACAAGUUAAUGAACCAAUUAUAAUAAGUGAAUUUAAUGAACGGUAUUCUUUAAGUAAUAUUAAUAACAUACGAUGGUCAACUCAAGAUAAUUCAAUAAAAGUGAAUACUGAAAUAAAGAAAUCAAGUAAUCGUAGAACAAUAUCCCAUAGUGAUGGAGAAAUAACUCCUGAUAGUGAAAGUUAUCAUUCAUUAUCAAGAAGCCCUUCUCCGUGUUUUAAUCCUAUAUAA